AUGGAAGGCCUCACCCCCGCCGAGCAGCGCGAACUCGACCAGCGCCUGCAGAAGCGCCAGGUUAAGGAGUUCAUGACCGUCUUCGGCAACCUAGUGGACAAUUGCUUCAACGCUUGUGUGGACGACUUCACGUCCAAGGUCCUUUCGGGCCGCGAGACGGGGUGCAUCAGCCGGUGCGUGAUCAAGAGUAUGACGACGCAGGCACGGCUGGGAGAGAGGUUCGCCGAGUUGAACGCGGCCAUGACGGCGGAGAUGCAGCAGAAGAUGUCGCGUUAA